CCUGGUAGUCUUUUCCCUCUCUUCACACCUUUCCUUCAUCUUUUGCCGUACUGCUUUGUAAUAUAAAUUCACCAGAUGGCUCCGUCGACCUCAGCCAGCGAUGACGCAGCGUGGGAGAAGGAGGAAGGCAUCCCGAGUCUGACUGAUCCAUUCAUUCAAAAGUACCUCGAGGGACGCGAUGCUCUCGUAGCACAGGAGAAGAAGCAAAGAAGUGACCGCGUCUUUCGCGAGAAUCUAUCUCCAAUGAGCACUGAAGCGUGUGCUAUUGUUGACCAGAUCAGAUUCGAGGAACAGCAAACACUUUGGACUCGAGAGUACGAAGACAGCUUAUCCCAGGAUGGAGAUGUUUUCCCAGGCAUGAUGUUCUCCCUUGCCAAAAACCGAAUGGAAAGGAGUAAGCUAUGGAAGAUAAUUCGAAAGAUGCCCAAGGGCACUCUCCUUCAUUGUCAUCUCGAAGCCAUGAUGGAUCUGGACUGGGUGUUGGAGGAAGCCUUCGCGACCGAAGGUGUCUGUAUCACAAGCUCGGGGCAUCUGUCCACAGAAGCUGCACGAUUAAAGACCCCUUUCUCUUUCACAUAUGCAAAAACUACGACCGCUGAAGGUGCUUCGAUCUGGAUUGACUCGUACACCACCGGUGCAGUGAUUCCAAUUGCUGCAGCUGCCGACAGCUUUCCAGGAACAGGGCGUAAAGGCUUCCUAGACUUCGUCAAGUCACGCUGCACCAUCACUGCACAGGAGAGUCUCAAGCACCACGAAGGAGCCAACGAAAUCUGGCGGAAGUUCCUGUCUUGUUUCCCAAUUCUCGGCAGCCUGAUCUACUAUGAGCCAAUAUUCCGGAAGUUUAUCAGGAAGAUGUGCAAGCAGCUUGUGGAUGACGGAGUCUACUAUGUCGACAUGCGAUCGGCCUUUUAUACUCCAUACAGGAGUCUGGAGAGCGAAGAAUGGGACCCCGAUUACUUCAACUACCUCGAUCACAUGGAUGAUGAGAUCGAGAAGUUCAAGGCGUCAGAAGAAGGGAAAGACUUCUGGGGAGCACGCAUGAUAUGGACGACUGUGCGGCAAUUCGACAACCGUGGCAUCGUCGAAGGCAUGAAACAAUGCCUCGAAAUGAAAGCCACCUUCCCUCACCUAAUCUGCGGCUACGACCUCGUCGGCCAAGAAGACCUCGGCCGCUCCCUCUCCUCCCUCUCCCCCCUCCUCUUCUGGUUCCAAAAGCGCUGCGCCGAAGAAGGCCUGAGCAUUCCCUUCUUUUUCCACGCCGGCGAAACCCUCGGCGACGGCGACAGCGUUGACGAAAACCUCUUCGAUGCCGUCGCCCUCGGCACACGCCGCAUCGGUCACGGCUUCUCCCUCUACAAACAUCCCUUACUCAUCGACAUGGUCAAAGAGAAGAAGAUCCUGGUCGAGAGCUGUCCGGUAAGCAACGAGGUGCUGAGAUUGACGGCCAGUAUCAUGUCCCACCCGCUACCGGCGCUGUUGGCGAGGGGUGUCCCGGUGGCUUUGUGUAAUGAUGAUCCGACGAUCCUGGGACAGGGGGCUAUGGGUAUGAGCCAUGACUUCUGGCAGGCGCUGCAGGGGUGGGAGAAUCUGGGGUUGGCGGGGUUGGGAAGUCUUGCGGAGAACAGUGUGAGGUGGGCAAGCUAUGAAGACCUGAGUAAUAAGGAGUGGCAAGCUGAGAUCAAGGAUGGCAUGUUAGGGAAGGGGGAGAGGGCGAAACGGUUGAAGGAGUGGACGAGGAAGUGGGAGCGGUUUUGUGCGUGGGUUGUGGAGGAGUAUGGGCCUGAUGUGGAUUUGGAUCCUGAGGAGUGAGGUGGCGUUAUGAAGGUCUCUUCAUCGAGAUUCAACUUCGAACGAUAAGUUCGCUUUAGCUCUUGUUCAACACUUGUAGACUGGAAUUAAGGAUAGACGGCGUUGGAUUUGUUAGAGCAAAAUAAAGGAACCGUUCGAUGCGGUGGUCAUACGACGUUCAUAUGAUCUAGGAGCUGCUUGUAGAAGACAGAAAUUUGAACUGAAUGACGAAGUUUUCGCAACGAAACGCCUAUCGAGUACAAGAGUCAAGCCCCAAAAUAGAAAAUAAUU